CGCCUAUUAACCAAUGGCAAACACACUGAGUAAAGUUGUUAGUUAUAUGAAAGUUUUAAACCGGAAGCAUAACAUAGUACUGGUCAAAAUAAAGCAAAACACAUUGGAAUUUACCAAUUUUAUCAACGACAAUCUCGUGUAAAACGUGAAGUUAUAGCAUACAGACUUUUAAGAGUAUGAUAAUGUCUGGUCAAACGUGUUUAAUUUCAACGCUCUGACAUGUUUUUCGAUUCGAAGACUUCGUCGGGAAACAACGAAGUACAUUAUUUUGAAAAGACCAGUCGAAUCGCAAACAUCAUCCGCACUUGGCACGGCAAAAAGUACAAAAGAGGAAACUGGGCUGUUUAUUUUCGGCGCCCGGUUCUUUUAAGUCAGCAGAUCUUGCUUCUUUGCUUGACUCAGCCGGCACCGUCUCUGUGCCUUGAAUUGAUCCCUUCUCCACUAGUUUAACACAACCUAAAUCUUAGUGCUUAUUGGUUUGUGUCAACAUGGAAAGGCGUAAAAGAAAUUUGGCGACGGAGAUUAACCCUGGAAAUAGUUUCCGAACGCCGGAGAAGAGAAUGUCACUGGCGCGUUCUCCAGACUCGGACAUCUCCGGUUGGGGAAUCGAAGAAACCUGCCGGUACCUACAAGAAGAAGGUCUUGGAGAGUGGGAAUCUGUUUUUAAAGAACAUAAAAUCGAUGGUGUCGCCCUGCGAUAUCUUAAGAAGGAGGACCUUGGGGAGAUGGGCAUAAAGCCUCUUGGUGACCAACUGCGGAUCCUGCACAGCCUGGGCAAGUUGUGGCACAUAGAAGAGGGUCCUCAAACAAAUAAGGUGUUUAACGACCCCAUCCACGGGCAUGUGGAGCUCCAUCCCCUUCUUGUCCGAAUCAUCGACACGCCACAGUUCCAAAGACUCCGAAAUAUCAAACAGUUGGGAGGGACCUACUUUGUUUUCCCUGGAGCGUCCCACAACCGCUUCGAGCACUCCAUCGGAGUGGGUUACUUGGCAGGACAACUUGUGAAAGCGCUGGAUGAGAGGCAACCGGAACUUCUCAUUACUCGGAGAGACAUGCUUUGCGUGCAGAUCGCUGGACUCUGUCAUGAUUUGGGACACGGGCCGUUUUCUCACCUGUUUGAUGCCAAAUUUAUCCCCAAAGCGCGUCCUAAUUAUGCCUGGAAGCAUGAGAAAGCAUCGCUUGACAUGUUUGAUCACCUGGUGAACAAAAAUCACCUGAAGCCACUGAUGGAAAAACAUGGCCUGGUCCUCCCUGAAGACUUGAUCUUCAUCAAAGAACUGAUCACAGGACCUCUGGACACAAAUGAAGACUCCCAGUGGGCCUAUCGAGGCCGUGCAAAGGAAAAGUCCUUCCUCUAUGAAAUCGUGGCCAACAAGAGAAAUGGUAUUGAUAUGGACAAGUGGGACUACUUUGCCAGGGACUGCCACAACCUGGGCAUCCAGAACAACUCGGACUAUCGGCGCUACCUCAAGUUUGCGCGGGUGUGUGAGGCAGACGGUCAGAGGCUCAUUUGCACUCGUGACAAGGAGGUGGGCAACCUCUAUGACAUGUUCUACACACGCAACUGUCUCCACAAGAGGGCCUACCAACACAGGGUAGGCAAUAUCAUAGAAACCAUGAUCACUGAGGCCUUUUUGAAGGCCGAUAAGCACAUUCAGGUCCAAGGCUCAGAUGGGAAAAUGUUCACGCUCUCUACAGCCAUAGAUGAUAUGGAGGCCUACACCAAGUUGACAGAUCAUGUGUUUGAGCAAAUACUCCACUCAUCAAACCCAAAGCUGGCCGAGGCACAGCAGAUUCUGCAGAACAUUCUUUAUAGGCGCCUCUACAAAUUUGUGGGUCAAACCCAACCCAAGAAAUCCCUAAAGGUGACCCAGGAAAUGCUUCAUGCCUGGGAGGCGAACUUGGCCAAGUCAAUCCCUCAGACUGGCGCUCUCGCUGUGACUCUGCUACCUGAAGACUUUGUCGUGAGCGUCAUUCAAAUGGACUACGGGAUGAAGAAGGAGAACCCCAUUGACAAUAUGCGCUUCUAUUGCAAGACUGACCCCACCAAAGCUGUUAAGAUACGCAAGCAUCAGGUGUCGAAAUUUCUUCCUGCGCACUUUGCUGAGCAACUGAUCAGAGUUUACUAUAAGAAGAUGGACGACGAGGGCCUGGUUGCAGCCCAGAAGCACUUUGUGCAGUGGUGCAUGAACAAAGACUUCAUAAAACCUCAGGAUGGAGAUGUAAUUGCACCUGAACUGACUCCCUUAAAACAAAGCUGGGACUGCAGGCAAGAAGAAACGGAUGAUGAAGAUUUGCCAUGUAAAAUGACCCUUUUUCAGGACUAGAACCAGUACAGUUGUUUGUAACUUUGAAAUAGCGGUAAGACAAAAUCUACAUUUUCUUUUUUUUUUGAAAUGGGGAUGAACUGUUAUUAGAAAAGAAUCAUCAGGUUUUCACACCAAAUAUAUUUUGUUUCUGAGUUCAUUCAUGUGUCUAUACUCAACUUUUUUACUCAGAUUGGAACCUUGGAUAUCACUUUGUUAUAUUUAAAUCCUUUUAACCGGGUUUUAUUAGGUUUUAUUGUUUGAGUCGAUUGCAUUUUCACACUAUUACACAUUUCCAACGUGGACGACCAUAUCUAGCCCAUAAUGGUCUUUUUAAUGAACAAAUAUACAGAAGUAUUAUUUCCAUCCAUUGCACAGCCUCUGCAUGCAGAAAGAAUGUAUUGAUGGUUGAUUCACGUUUCCCAUUAUUAUCAAAUACCUGUGUUUUGUUUUUGUCAUGCAUCUGUCUUUAUUUGAAAAUUUGAGUGCAAUUAUUUCCUCUGACACAUUUGGGGUGUUUUUCUUUUCCCUUCUUGCAAUAACCAAUUUCAACUACAUCUUAUUUAUCUGUGUUUUUUAACCUAUACAUAUUUAUGUACCCCAGAUGCUUCUUUUCUCUCAUAGUAUGUAAUCCCCGGUUUAAAAAAAAAAACACACCCAUGAAAGAGCAUGUCAACCAGUUGUGGGAGAUGAGAACAAAAUAAAACAUUCAUUUGUGCAUUAGACCAAUAAAACCUUUUUUUGCCUC